CCCAACAUCAUCACCCACGCUGCGCAUCAGACCAUUCUGUCAGCCGCAGCAGCACCGAUCACGCAUCCGCACACGCUCCUCUGCCGUGCCGCUCCCUGCUCAGACGCGCAUCUUUCGCUCGUGGCUGUCGGCUUUCGGCUCCGCUCGCUCGCUACACCGCGACCUCAUCUGCACCGCACAUCUGCCCAACUCGUGAGCCGCGGCAUGCAAGUUGCCGAGCCUCUGGCUCUCGGCGCGCGCGAGCCUGCGGGCAGCGCUACCGAUUACGAGAUGACGGCAGGCGCAUCGUCGUCGUCGUGGCCAGCAGAGGAGCCCGCCUCGAUGGAGCUCGAGCUGCAGGACGCCGACCAGGAGGGCGCCUCUGCCAUGGAGCUCGAGGCCGACACGCUCGAGCCUGAGCUUGGAGCUACCAGCGAGGAGGUCGAGAUGGGCGAGGCAGAGCUCGGCACCGCCGAGCCUGCCGACGAAGAGAUCGUGGACUACGCAGAGGACGAUGUGCCGCAGGCCUCGCUGGAUCCGGGCGACGAAGAGCUAGCCGCUGCGUCAUCGCCGGUGCCGCUCGAAGCUGGGCAUCACGCAAGUGAGCACGCAGACCUUGCACUGGCGCCGCCGCUAGCCGCAGACGACGACGCACCACCCGCAGCGGACGCCGCGCCGCAGUCUGAAGAGCAGACCGAGUCGCACAUGCAGCCUGCCGAGCAGCCCGCAGACUUCGCGGCGACGGCGCCAGAGCUGGACGAAUCUGAAGCCGCAACGAGCGCGUCAGCGCUUCCGAGCGAGCCUUCCGCCGCCGCCGCUGCCGUCGAUGCCAAGCAAGACGAGCUUGAAGCUGCUGCCGAGACGACGAGUGCUCCGCCCGGUGCUGAGCAGCAGCUCGCAGUGGAGCAGCAUCAGGAGGUUGCGGAUGGUAGCGCCACGCACGACGACCUCGCCGAGCAAGAGGACACGGCAGAGGCCGCUGAGCCGUCCGUCGACGCCGACGAGACAGCGAGCGAGGCCGCCGAGGCCGACGAGGCCGAUGAGGACGACGACGGCACGAUCGACGACCAGCCGCCGAGCAUUCGUCUGACGUUCGCCGGCCAAGACUUUGUGCUCUUCGCCGCCGACGACUGCUCGGAGUACCUUGCAGUCAGCGAGAGCGCCGAUGCGCCCGAGAGCUCCUGGGGCACCGUCGCCGUCGCCGCGCCGCGCCUAGCAGCGCCGACUGAGGCGUUCCACGAGGGCCUCGAUGGCCUCUUUGAGGCGCUACGCGUGCGUGACUCGCUCGGCGACUUCCUCGAGGAGCGCACCGAGCUGGUGCUGAACCUGCCUGAGCUGGAGCUCACCGUUCGCGAGGACGACGUGUAUGCGCGCGAGGUCACGCUGGCAGACCUGCACCGCCUGCACGUCGGCGGCGGCCUGGUGGGCUCCCUGCACCUGGUCGUCUCCGAGGCGCCGCGCUUCAUCUCGCGCUACAACCUCCUCGCGGCAGAGCUCAGCGUGGAGGACGGCGACGACACGACAGCCUCUGCCGAAGAGGAGCUGGAUGCGCUGCAUGACGGCGUGGAUGAGCACGGCGAGAUCGAAGGAGAGGAGGAGGCCGAAGCGCAACAUCAUGCAGAUGCGCCGCUCGACGAGCAGCAGCACGUGGAUGGCGAAGGUGCUGGCGACGUGGAGCACCCCAUCGAGCCGACACUUGCCGCAUCACACACAGACACAGUCGUCGCCGCCGAUGAGGCGACAGACGCUGCGAGCCAGACUGACGAGUCUGGCGCGCUCGACGCUCAAGUCGCGGAAGCAGCUGCCGAGGCCACAGAGCCAGCACACGCAGAGCUGACGGACGGCGAGCACGCGACCGGGGAGGCGCACGACGAUGUGGAAGAGGAAGGUGCAGCAGAGGCGGAGGAGACAUUGGAGGAGUACGUCGAGGAGGAGGAGCUCGAGGCGCAAGGCGAAGAUGCAGUGCACGAAGAGGCGCCGCCAGAGAAGAGCACUGAGGCAGACGCCGAGGGCGCGAGCCUGGACGACGGCGCCGCUGCUCAGACUGAGCAAGCAGGUACGUCGGCCCCGUCUGUUGCCCUUCGCAUGUGCUGACACGUGUUGCAGCAGCCGAGGAACAGAUCGUCGACUACGAAGAACACACAGACGAAGCGGCUCUGCCCUCAGCGUCCAUCAAUGGAGACAAUGUCCAGUACGAGCAAGAUG